AUGCUAUCCACACGGGCGCUCUGCUCUCGAUCGGUCUGGAAAGGACCCAACAUCGUCCCGCUCCCAAUAGCACGUGCGAAGCCCGGAGAGCGACAGAUUCCGAUCAAGACGCAAGCACGCUCUGCGACGAUCCUGCCAAACUUUGUCGGCCUCAAGUUUCAGAUCCACACCGGCAAGAAUUAUCUAGACAUCACCAUCACAGAGGAUAUGGUCGGCCACAAGCUGGGGGAAUUUGCGCCAACCCGGAAGAACUUCACAUACAAGCAGACGAAGAACAGGUAA